AUGUCUGACGAUAAAAUCAGCGUUGAUCAAUAUGGAAGAAGGUCAUGGAACGUAGAAGCCUAUGCUAAGGAGUCAAAGCAAGGGAAGCGGGCCCUCAAGGAAGAUACCCAGCACGCCAAUUUCGAUAGUUCCUCAUCUCAGCUGUAUAUCGAACAUCGAGAUGAACUAUUGAAGAAGCUGCUUUCUGCAGUCAAGACGUAUAACAUCAUCAACCCCCUCAAUUCGGGUACAUCAUUUGGAAACAACAAGAGGUUUGGUUUCUUUUGCCCCAUAUGUAAUGUCUCCUUCAGAGACAAUAUGGCGUUGAUCGACCAUUUCAACUCCCCGCAACAUGUGGGCAAAUUAAGCUCCAUAGGACUGGAUGGCGACCUGAAUGGUGAGUUAUUGGAAGGAGGUAUUCGCCGUGCCAGUUUGGCUGAUGUCGUGAAAAUGGUAGAACUGUUGGUGGCCAAACUGGUGAAAUCUAAGACACAACCCGAGGAGCUCAGUUUCAAACAGAGAGUUGAAAGGCGAAGGUUGUUCGAGGAAAAGAAACGAGAAAAGAAACAGCAACGCAAGGCUAGGAAGAUCAAUCCGGAACAGCAAGACGAUCCGAUGGCGUCCAUGAUGGGCUUCUCUGGCUUUGGAACUACCAAAAAAUAG